AUGAUUCACGUCGAAAAUUCGACCAGCCUUCCAGGCUCGCCCGUUGCGGCACCCUUACAGCCAGCAUCCCCUGACAAGGUCAAUCAAUUGCGCGAAGCCGCGCCAAUAUCCCCCACGAAGUCCGACCAGCUUCGUGAUAGCGACGUACACGACAAGAUCCGCCAAUUCAAUAACUUAGCACACAGUCCCGGCGGCACCGCAUCCAUGUCUAGACAACUUGAACGAAAGACGGCUGAUGCCGCCUUGAAACGAGCCAUGCUAGGACGGGAAGAAGCAGAGUCUGAGAUGCGCCGCUAUCGUGACGAGGCCCGCGCCCUGCGACGCCAAGUUGAGGAGAGCCGAGGCCGAGAGCGCAAAGUAGGCGAAAGACUAGAAGAUGUUAUGGAGAAAUACGGCCAAGCGAAAGAAACUCUCCAACACAGUAAAACGAUUUGGGAAAAGGAGAUUCGCCAUGCGCGCAAGGAAGUUUUCAAGACACAAUCCACCAUCGUCAAGCUACAAGAGGAACUCAAAGCCGCAAGAAGUUCUUGCAAGUCCGUAGAAGAGUCCCUAGCAAGGGAGAAGGAACUAAGCAAAGCUAGAGAGCAGGAGGCGUUUAAAUCCCGCUACCAGCUAGCCCAGGUUCAAGAACAGUUAGAGAAGGCUCUCGAGCGCAUUACUUUUGUCGAACAGGAGCGCGAUGCUUACAAAGAUGCCGCCAAGAGCGAAGAGAUCGCCAGGAUCGCCGCCGAGGGUCGUCUACCACUCCCGCCAGAGGAUCCGGACAGUGAAUUUGCGUCGCCUAAAAAGGAACGUGCUUCUCUGUCAGCGGCCGACAUCGUUUCCUCCGCUGCGAGCGAAGAGGAGAUCGAAGAGUUAACGCGUCUAUGGCAAUGGGAAAAGCAAAGAGCUGACCGAACCCAAGAACAUCUAGAGUUCGUGCAGGCCGAGUGUCAGCUACGAUGCUGCUCCUGUGCCAAGUCUCGCUCGCGGAGGAGUAUGGCAUCAUCAGUACGUCAAGAACGGACUGGGCCAGUUACAAUUGUUGACCCGGCAGACCUUAUGAUUUUAGGCCAGGAACCCAAAUCUGUAGAGAAGCCCACCUCUACCGAAUCCAGAAGUACGGGGCAUAUUCAACGCCGGGAACGAGGACAAACGGAAGAGCAGCACCGGGAGUUACCCCAAUUAGAGAAGACACAGUCGCUAGUGGACGAGAUUGCACGAAACGAAGUGCCGAGAGAACGAAAAGAGCCUAGGCGUUCAACCGUUUUCGUUCCAUCAGAGGGGAUUUUUAGGACCAUCUCGCAGCAGGACCUCCAGGCAAUAGAGAAGCCUGAGGAAUCUCCUUGCGAACCAACGACCCCCAAAGAUCCUCCACCAAACCGCUCUUUUUAUUCUCGAACUCCGUCCGCCGAACCCCCAACAUUUGCUUUACUAGCACAGGAGCGCACCUCUCUCCUCUCGCUCCUCAACGCACCCCGCGAAAGCGAUGCCAACUACCCGAUGAUGGACAUCCCGACCAUACCCCUCGAAGGUCACAACAACCGCUCAGACUCGGAAGACGACGCCGAAGAAGAAGCUGCCCAACCUGAGGUACCUCUCAUGGAAGCAGACCAGGACACGCGGCCUCACAGCACUGCCGCUUUCUACACGGUAACCACGACCACGACAAAUCAGAAUCAGAAUCAGAACCACAACCGCGUCCCAUCGUUCGACGUUAACAACCCGAACAUGGCGCCGACGAUGACGCGCGAGGAGGCGCUAGCGCAGAUUAGGGAACGCCGCGGCAGGGCUAGGAGUGCCGCCCAGGGACUGGCUACCCCCCGCAGGCAGAUGAUGGGAGGGGAGGGGAGAGGUGGUGGUACCUGA